CACCUCGACUGUCCCUGAAUACACCAGUGCUGACACCACCACCCACUAUGGGACCAGCUCCACCAUCUCUGUGACAACAGUUAUUCCUGAGACCACCACAGUCCCUGGGACCACCGUCCCUGAGAUCACAGCCACCAUCUCUGAGAGCAUUCCUACCACCCCUGGCAGCACCACAAUCCCUGAGACCACCAACACCUUCCCUGAGACAACCACAACACCUGGGACAAACAGCACCCCUGAGACAACAACGUUCCCUGGGAGCACCACAACCCCUGUCACCACCACGGUCUCUGACAGUACCACAAACGCUGAGACCCCCACAACCAUCCCUGGAACAACGCUCUCUGAGACCACCAGCGCCAUCCCUGGCACCACCGCCAGUCCUGAGACCAUUUCAGCCACCCCUGAAACCACCACAGUCCCUGACACAGCCAACACCUUCCCUGAGACAAACACAACCCCUGGCACGACAACGACCGUCCCUGAAUUCACCAGUGCUGAGACCAGCACGUUCUCUGGGACCCCCACGACAUUCUCUGGCACAACCAUCUUCCCGGGGACCACCAAGACCCCUGAGAGCAUUUCCGCCACCCCUGGCACAACCACAGUCCCUGGAACAAUCACCACCCUUGAGAUAACAACAUUUCCUGAAACCACCACGGCAUUUCCUGAAAUCAGCAGUGCUGAGACCACCAGCACCAUCCCUGGGACCACCAGCACCAUCUGGGGGACAACAACAAUCCCUGGCAGCACCUCGACCGUUCCUGAAUACACCAGUGCUGACACCACCACCCCCUAUGGGACCAGCUCCACCAUCCCUGGGACAACAAUCUUCCCUGAGACC